AUGACAGACUUAAAUACUACCGAGGCAAACUUCGCAAUUACACCAGAUAGCCCAGGAACACUAUGGCGCACUAGUGUUAUUGCUUGUAUCGCAGCCAUCAAUAUAUUUCUCUCGAUAAGUGCGUCUCUAAGUAACGUCCUUAUCCUAAUUUCUCUUCAGAAAGUUUCAACGCUUCAUAAGCCGACAAAACUUUUAUUCCAAUCACUGGCAGUCACAGAUCUUUUCGUGGGCCUAAUUUUACAGCCAUUUCAUGCGACCUUUCUGCUGUCUCUUUUAACAAAGAUGGACACAAGAGUAACUUUUUACAUUGAGGAAAUAAAUCCUUAUGUAAGUAUCACGCUUUGUGGGGUAUCAGUGCUUACCUCGACAGCGAUCAGUGUUGAUCGACUCUUAGCCUUGUAUCUAGGGCUGCGAUACAGACAGGUUGUUACAAUGAGUCGCGUUCGAACGUUCGUAGCGUCUUCUUGGCUGAUCGGUGUUUCGUGUGGCUCGUUACAGAUCUGGAGCUCCCGCAUCGCUUGGAUAAUUGCCUCCAUCUGUGCUGCGCUUUGUAUGCUGACCUCGAUAUUUUCUUACACUAAGAUUCAGAUUUUGUUACGCCAUCGUCAGAUUCAAAUACAAGUCCGUCAAGGACAACCAAGUGCGGGAAAAAUUGGUCUGAAUAUAGAACGCUAUAAAGCAACAGUGUCCGCCAUUUUUUGGAUUCAGGUGACUUUGCUGGGCUGUUACGUUCCGUUUUGCAUCGUAACCGUGCUGAGGAUUUUUAAUGAAAAGCAACUUUAUAUUACCUGGUUAGGGACUGCCACUUUAGUUUACCUAAAUUCGUCUCUAAAUCCCUCCCUCUAUUGCUGGAAGAUCAGAGAAGUGAGACAAAGUUUGAAGGAAACCGUCGCCCAGUUUUGUAACUGUGCACUAAGUUAGAUUCACGGGUUUUGUUCACAGUAAACAUUUUUCUACACUUAAGCAAGACAGUAGUUUUCAAGUUGCAGGUUGGCUGAACGGUAAUUGAUGAAAAGAAAAAACGUAGCUCUGUAUUCAAUUGCGGAUUCAGUUUGACACGCUACCCAAUCUAAAAUGGUUGUAUGGCUAUUGUGUAAACACGUAGCGGUAAAGCUUCCUCAAGGUUUCUUUAGUUGAAUUUGUAACAAAACGAUGAAAGAUGACUCCGGCCUCGAAAUGCACAACCAUUGUGGGAACUUUGAUGAAUGAAAAAACAGAACUGAACAGACUUCAUUAAUCUUUGAUUACCUCUUGCUCAAUUAUCUACUUUCAUCCAUUGUCAACCCUUUCACGGCAUAAUGUUAAGAAAAGUAGAGAGGUGAUCGUAGGCCUACGAGGAUGUAAUGCGGUGCUAGUUUAACUUCUUGACUUUUUAUUGCGUCGUUAUUUGCCAAGGCAGCUCUAAUUAAGUGAUAGCCUUAACCUAAAGGUGUUUAAUUUUCUCGAUAACCUUCAGUCAAAUCCAUAAUUUUUCCCUCGACAUAGCCUAAGUGGUUAGUGAAAGUCGCUGAAUGAGCCACACAUCAAGACUCGAAUCAGCUAAAUUUUUCCGUUUCUGGUGUUUUGGAUUUGUUGCCCUUCCAGCAAAUCUUUCAUAAAUUUCAUAUGUAUUCGAAAUCAACUACGUCCUACUGCUUAUCUGCCAAUUGAAAAUCAUGGAAAAGUUCUAAGCACGUUGGAGAAUCAAACAGUUCACAACUGACUGUAUUCAGCAGCUUGAUUUCCUGGAUGUAGAGGUAUCAAAGCUUUCAAUAGCUGUGGUAUAUAUAUAAGUGGGACAUAAAACUACGCAAAGGUUAUUAAUAGCGCCACCGAAUUAAAAUAGCAUAUAAAAUAUUGUAUCGUCAAUAAG